AUGAUCAACGUCAGCGAGGCGUCGCCGUCCAUGCUGGCCUUCCUUGCGAUUCAGCGGCGAAUCAACACGACGGCAGCUUCGUCGCCCAAGUCCGAGCGCCGAGGUGCCGCCAUGCUCAAUGCAUCGACAGGCUCCUUCAGGCGCAAGCGGGAGCGGGAGGUCUCCUGGGGCAAUGACCUCGCUUGCUCGGUACGGGUCAAGAGGAUGCGGAGGUUUGGGAGGUACGAGAACAAGGUCAGCUCAAGGCGCCCGCGCAUCAACAAGGGGCUGCCGAGGCGGAUCUGGUCCAAGGUUCUACAUAGGACGCGAUGCUCGCACGUGGACGAGGAGAGCAAGGUGCAGUGCGACAAGGAUCCUUGCUUCGGUAUCGCCUCCGACGGGCAGGCCCUCUGGUGCAAGAAGCACGCAGACCCGUCGCAUGUGGACGUGAGGAACGUACGCUGCAAGUUCCUCGGGUGCGAGAAGCAUCCUGUCUUCGGGGAUGCCGUCAGCGGAAUGGCGAAGUACUGCGCUCUACACAAGAAGAGGUAG